UUCCAGGAAAGAAUUUAUUUGCAUUGGAAUCAGCUCUGCCAUGCCUUUUCGGAAGCAAAGACCAUAAGGCUAGGCAAAACAGAGCAGAUCAUCAUUCAACUCUGUGAGUGAGGAGAGAACACCACCACAGAGAAUGGUUGUGAGAGGGGUCUCCCUAUACCUUUUGCUUGGUUAUCUGAUCAAAACAGGUAGCACCUGUUUUCCUGGUGAGUGUCUGAGAUGUAACACUACAGAGGCAGUCCAUUGUAAACUCUGCUUUACAAAACUGUGCUUCAAUGCAUCAGCUAUUCCAUCGAACUGCACAAAAGACUUUCAGGUUUCUGUCAACAGCAAUAACUCCAAGCUUAAGGAGGGCGAGGACAUCCAUCUUAGAUGUGUCCAUAAACUUCCCGACCAGAUUCCUAAGUUUGGUUGGAUGAGGGACAAACACGAAAUUCAACACCAGAAUGAAAGUGAGCUGCAUGUCAAAAAGGUGCUCUCAAACAAAGCAGGCAAGUACAUCUGCUUUGUGAGGAGCGUGUGUGGCUAUUACGAGUCUGCGCCACAUGAUGUCACUGUAGAGAACAAUUCAGUGGUGAUGCUGGUGGUCUGUGGUGUUUCCGCUUUGGUCCUGGUCUUGGUUAUGGGGCUGGCUAUGAAGUUCAAGCUGAAAAGAGACAAUGCUAAUCACAGAGAGAGGAUGAAGCAGAAGGCCACCAUGGAGCAGAGGGCCGCUCAAGCUCCUUUCCCACCAAGAGAAUCCUAAACAACUAUUCACAUGUCACUUCUUAGACGCAUUUAUCCAAAGCUAGAACUACCAGUCUAUUACCCUCAGAUAUAAUGAGCAGCCAUAUUGUUUCAUAAUUUGAUGUUGUUGUAUUUGAUGCAUCAAUAAAACCUCUUUAAUCUCUGUC